AUGUAUCGGCCGAAUUUCUACGAGAGCACGUGCUUUCGUUGCAACGAAAUUGUGUAUCAAGUGGACAGGGUCGGGCCUUUGAAGGAUUUCACAUUCUUUCACAGCGGAUGCUUCAAAUGUGCUGUAUGCGGCACCAAGCUUACUUUGAAGACAUACUACAACAAUCAGCAUUGGACCGAAGAUAAAGAGGUGUACUGUUCGAGCCACGUGCCUAAGAUCGGACCAGGUCACUUGGACAACUCCUCAGUGGGAAUCAGGAGUGCGUUGAACGUACCCAGGAGUAACAACUAUGUGAACGAACAGAUACGAGGCUACGCCAGGAAUAGCCAUGAAGCUGAACUAUCCCCAACUCGCGUCACCAAUGGCAGUGUCCACGCGUCGCCAGCUCGAGAACUGUCUCGUGACACUCCAGAUUAUCAAUAUGGAAGGUUUGAUGCCAGUGCUUUACACAUCGCACACGCUCUCAAACAGACUGAACUGCAAAAAGCCUACCACAGACCCAGGGAGAAGCCCAUCGACUGCUACUUGCAAAUCUUCACAUUUAUUGUCAGUAUACCCUAA